AUGUCCGAGACAGAAAAACAUGAAAAUUUUCUGAAAUCAGAUUCUGCUGAGGGAGAUAGGGGUAGCCUUGAAGGGCCAGCACCCGCACAUCGAAAACGUGUGCGCCAUCACCGAACUAAUAAGGGAAAGCGGCCGGCCGACGUGUUGCAAGAUCGGGAGGACGAGAAUAUUUCUACAGAGCAUUUCGCGUCUCAUUUGACACACAAUGAUGCUGAAGUGCCUUCUGUUCACAUGAAGGGAAAUCUUAAAUCGGAUAAGUCGAAGCAGCCCCAGGUCCCCGCUGCGAAAGAGAAUUCUAGUUCUUCCUUGUCAACGACUCAGUGCUCUAGUCAAGAUACCGCAAUCCGUGAAUCAACCAUAAGAACGAACAGUGGUCCAGCGAAGGUACUUCGCGUAAAGGGUGCCGAUGGAAGAGAUUACGAACAAAGGGAGUGCGGUGAUGUCCGCGCUGCUGAUGAUGUGGGUAGUGCUGAGGAUCAACCAAAAAGCAAGCGUGCAAGGAAAGAUGGCGAAUUGGGUGAUAGCGGAGAUGCCUUUAGAAAGGCAGCAGUCGCUGCUGCGAUGAGUCAGAGGUAUAGUGUCGAGAAGAUGGACGCUGUUUCUACCGAUUAUAAGAGUCUUCGUUUAAACCCUCAUAUCGUCGCGGCUUUAGAGAACGAUAUGAAGUUCUCCUCAUUAACGGGUAUUCAGGCUCGCUGUAUUCCUGCUGCGCUGCAAGGUAAGGAUCUGCUUGCGGAGGCCAAGACGGGCGCGGGUAAGACGUUGGCAUUUCUAAUUCCCAUUGUGGAAAUUAUCACUCGUGCGGGAUUCCGGCCAAGCAAUGGAACGGCGGCUCUUAUUAUUGGUCCAACGCGUGAGCUGUGUUUGCAAAUUGAAGGUGUUCUGCUUAAGCUGCUUAAGUACUUCAACGGAUCCAUCACGUUUUUGUGUUGUAUUGGUGGGCAAAGUCGGAAGCAAGAAAGCUUCAAGCUUGUGAAUGGGGUUAUGAUCGUCGUCGCGUCGCCUGGGCGUCUACUGGAUCACCUGAAACUAACAAACGACUGGCACACCAAAAAUCUCCUCAUACUUGCAGUGGAUGAGGCGGACCGUGUGCUCGACAACGGAUUUGAGGAAGAUAUGCGUGAGAUUGUAUCGCUCCUGCCCAAACAGCGUCAAACUUUCCUGUUUUCCGCUACACAAACCACCCGUGUUGAACAGCUUGCACGCAUCUCGUUCCAGAAACCACCUGUCUUCAUCUCCAUGAAGUCUAAAAAAGACAAGGCUACCGUGGAAACGCUGGAGCAGGGCUACGUCAUCUGUGAGAGCGCAAAGCGACUUCUCGUUCUCUACCACUUCGUGAAGCGAAAUCUCAAGAAGAAGAUGAUUGUUUUCUUUAGCAGUCGUAAUAGUGUUAGUUUUCAUUGCGAACUUUUUAAUUACAUUGACGUGCCGUGUAUCGCUUUUCAUGGCAAGCAAAAGCAACACCAACGCUCGGCUACUUACAUGCAGUUUUGCAACGCUGAAAAUGGGGUGCUCUUCACAACGGACGUGGCAGCACGCGGCUUGGACAUUCCCGCCGUAGAUUGGAUCGUUCAGUUCGACCCACCGGACGAUCCGGUAAAGUAUAUUCAUCGUGUCGGUCGCACGGCCCGUGCGGGGCGCUGUGGUAAUGCACUAAUGUUUUUAUUACCCCAGGAGAAUCUUUUUCUCAAAUACCUCUACAAUGAUGCCCAUGUUUCCGUGAACGAAUACACAUUCGAUAUUUCCAAACUCAACAGUAGCGUUCAGGAGCAGCUUGAAAAGCUAGUGUGUUCCAACUACUAUUUGCGUACCUCGGCACGUCAGGCCUAUGAGGGGUACUUGCUGAGCUACAGCAGCAGUCAGCUGAAGAAUGUGUUUAACGUGCAAAGCCUAGAUUUGGCUGAAGUAGCACGUGGGUUUGCUUUGAGUGAACCACCGCCUAUAAAAAUUGACCUUUCACAAUCCGCUGCACACUUGAGUAAAAAGUUUCGUCGCGAAAAUCGCGAUAUGAGGAAGUCCAAAGAUGCAAAACGGCGUGCUGUUGCGCUGGAUACCACAAAUAACCGGCACAAAAAUAUUAGCGGUGAGUGGGAUUGA